AAAGUCCAAAGAAAAUAUCAACUCUCACGAACUCGUCAAAUCACUCUCAGUGAAGUUCCAGAUAUGGAUUCAACAAAUGUUCGGACGACCAGGGUGUGCCACGUGGUGGCCAUGCCGUUUCCUGGACGUGGCCACAUCAACCCCAUGAUGAACCUUUGCAAGCUACUUGCUUCAAGGAAGAAAGAUAUUCUCAUCACCUUUGUUGUGACAGAAGAAUGGCUUGGCUACAUCGGCUCUGAUCCCAAGCCCCAUAACAUACUUUUGGAGACAAUCCCGAAUGUCAUCCCACCUGAGCGGCUUAAAACCGCCAACUUUCCAGGCUUCUACAAUGCUGUGAUGACAAAGAUGGAAGCUCCUUUUGAACAGCUUCUUGAUCGACUUGAGUUGCCUGUAACGGCUAUCAUAGGAGAUAUCGAGGUUCGAUGGAGCACCGGUGUGGGGAAUCGAAGGAAUAUUCCGGUGGCCCUGUUCUGGACGAUGUCGGCGUCUGUGUUUUCCAUGUUUCAUCAUUUUGACCUCCAUAUAAAGCAAAGCCAUGCAAAAAUUGAUCUAAUAGAACAAGUAGAAAGCAUAGCAGGAAUGUCUUCAUCCAAUGUAGAAGAACUUCGGACAAUUUUCCAUAGGGACGACCCUAGAGUGUUGGAACUUGCUCUCGACUGCAUUUCAACAGUGCCACAAGCACAGUAUCUCCUAUUCACAUCAGCGAACGAAUUUGAACCCCAAGUCUUUGAUAGCUUAAGGGCAAUUUAUAAUUUCCCGGUCUAUCCCAUCGGCCCUGCCAUACCUUACCUGGAACUUGGAGAAGGUUCCUGUGAAACUAAAAGCUACCUUCAAUGGUUGGAUUCUCAACAAACAGGUUCUGUCUUGUACAUCUCAUUGGGAAGUUUCCUUUCAGUUUCAAACACCCAAAUGGAUGAAAUUGUUGGCGGGUUGCAAAUCAGUGGAGUUCGAUACUUGUGGGUGGCCCGGGGAGAAGCUUCGAGGUUGAAAGAUCGUUGUGGUGAUAUGGGGUUAGUAGUUCCUUGGUGUGACCAGUUGAAGGUACUGUGUCAUCCAUCUGUAGGGGGAUUUUGGACACAUUGUGGAUGGAAUUCCAUCCUGGAAGCUGUUUUUGCUGGUGUUCCAAUGCUUACUUUUCCUUUGUUUUUGGACCAAGAUACCAAUAGUAGGCAAAUCGUGGAAGAUUGGGGAAAUGGGUGGAGGGUCAAUGAUGCGGUGAAAGCUGAAAAAUUAGUCACCAAAGAGAAUAUUGCAGAGCUUGUGCGAAGGUUUAUGGGUGCUGAAAGCGAUGAGGGAAAGCAGAUUAGAAGAAAAGCAAAACUACUCCAGAAUAAAUGUGUAGUUGCCAUUUCUGAAGGAGGGUCUUCUGCAGCUAACCUUGAUGCAUUUAUUAGUUCCAUUUCACCAGGAAAAGACCACUGAGAGUUUCUUUUUCUUGUCUUGUGUUCUUGAAAAACCAAUGGUUUUAAGCUUCCAUUCAUGAAUUGUUUCUCUUAAUCUUUUCUUGAGUGGAAAUGCAUGUACAAUUCCCUCUACUGUCGAACUAAAAUUUUAAACCAAGUUAAGGCUAUUCAAUUUAUCUUUUUUA